AUGCCGGCGGGGCCGCCGCCGCUGCUGCGGGGUGUCCUCCUUCUCCUCCUCUUCCUCCUCCUGCUGCUGCUCUUCCUCAGCGCCCCGGCCCGCGGAGCCGUCUACACCAACCAUUUCUUGGUGGAGCUGCACGGCGGGGGCCAGGCGGAGGCCGAGCGGGUGGCGGCGGAGCACGGCUUCGGCGGGGUGCGGAAGCUCCCUUUUUUAGAUACUGGAUACUUCUUUUAUCACAAUGGCAUUGCCAAGGCCAGGAGAAGGCGCAGUCUUCAACACAAGCUUCAUCUGGAAAAGGAUUCCCGGGUACGGAAAGCUGUUCAACAGGAAGGUUUCAGCAGAAGGAAGCGAGGAUAUAGAGACAUCAACGACAUUGACAUCAACAUGAAUGAUCCUUUAUUUACAAAGCAAUGGUACCUGAUUAACACUGGUCAAGCAGAUGGGACUCCUGGACUUGACCUUAAUGUAGCUGAAGCAUGGGAGCUGGGAUACACAGGGAAGGGAGUAACCAUAGGAAUUAUGGAUGAUGGAAUUGAUUAUCUGCACCCUGAUCUUGCAUCAAAUUACAAUGCCAAAGCCAGCUACGACUUCAGCAGUAACGAUCCCUUCCCCUACCCCCGCUAUACAGAUGACUGGUUUAACAGCCAUGGGACAAGGUGUGCAGGAGAGGUGUCUGCUGCUGCCAACAACAACAUCUGCGGCGUGGGAGUUGCGUACAACUCCAAGGUGGCAGGUAUUCGAAUGCUUGACCAGCCAUUUAUGACAGACAUUAUUGAGGCUUCCUCUAUCAGUCAUAUGCCUCAAGUCAUAGAUAUUUAUAGUGCCAGCUGGGGACCAACUGAUAAUGGAAAGACUGUGGACGGACCUAGAGAGCUAACACUGCAAGCAAUGGCAGAUGGUGUGAACAAGGGCCGAGGUGGCAAAGGAAGCAUCUAUGUCUGGGCCUCUGGAGAUGGGGGCAGCUACGAUGACUGUAACUGUGAUGGUUAUGCAUCAAGCAUGUGGACAAUCUCCAUCAAUUCUGCUAUAAAUGAUGGACGGACAGCUCUGUAUGAUGAAAGCUGCUCUUCAACCUUAGCUUCCACCUUUAGUAAUGGGAGGAAGAGAAAUCCGGAGGCUGGCGUGGCUACAACAGAUUUGUAUGGCAACUGCACCCUGCGUCACUCGGGAACGUCUGCAGCUGCCCCUGAAGCAGCCGGAGUGUUCGCCUUGGCCCUGGAGGCUAACUUGGAUCUUACCUGGAGGGAUAUGCAGCAUCUGACAGUGCUCACCUCCAAGAGGAACCAGCUUCAUGACGAGGUUCAUCAGUGGCGCAGAAAUGGCGUUGGGCUGGAAUUCAACCAUUUGUUUGGCUAUGGUGUCCUAGAUGCAGGAGCAAUGGUUAAGAUGGCGAAAGACUGGAAGACUGUUCCAGAGAGAUUCCAUUGUGUUGGAGGGUCAAUACAGGAACCUGAAAAGAUACCACCAAGUGGCAAGCUGGUCCUCACACUUACAACUGAUGCUUGUGAGGGGAAGGAAAACUUUGUCCGAUACCUGGAACACGUCCAAGCAGUUAUAACUGUAAAUUCCACUAGGAGAGGAGACCUCAACAUCAACAUGACCUCACCGAUGGGAACAAAGUCCAUUUUACUGAGCCGGCGCCCCAGGGAUGAUGACUCCAAGGUGGGUUUUGACAAAUGGCCUUUCAUGACCACACACACUUGGGGAGAAGACCCCCGAGGCACCUGGGCUCUAGAGAUUGGGUUUGUUGGCAGUCAGCCGCAGCGGGGCGUGCUGAAGGAGUGGACACUGAUGCUGCACGGGACUCAAAGUGCACCCUAUAUAGACCAAAUAGUAAAAGAUUAUCAGUCCAAACUGGCCAUGUCCAAGAAGGAAGAGCUGGAAGAAGAAUUAGAUGAAGCAGUGGAGAGAAGCCUGAAGAGUAUACUGAGCAAGAACUAGUGCUGUUCUGCAUGACGUUGUCUUUCCUUCCCCAGAUCCCUCUACUCAGCUUUCUACUAUCCAAACCUCUGUGUUAGACAUAUUACAAUGAUUGUCUCUGUAGCCAAAUUAUCACACUUUCUUGAUUUUAAAGUCAUAUCUCGUCAAUGAUUAUUUUAAUUACUGAAGCAAUCCUUUUUUUACUCUAAACCACAAAUAUACUGUCCCCCAUCGAAUACUAUGUACAGUUUGUGACUGUAAAUUAUUUUUCUUUGUGUCAUACAAAUAGGUAAUAGCCUGCAAAAAAGUUGAUGGCUUUUCCCUUCAUAUUUUUGUGGUUAAAUGUUGUUUGUAUUAAAAAAAAGACAAUGAACGAGUGAAUUUUAAAAUUGGCAGUUGGUGAUAAUGGGCACAUUUCUUACAAUUAUUGUGAGAGAGGGAAUUGCAAAGAGGGUGGCUGGAGAGGUCUUUGAACGUCUAACAGCUCCUUCGGCAUCAUUGACUUCAGUGGGACAUUCCCCACUGGGUUCAACCAAAGUAGCACUAGACCCUACAAAAAGAAAGAAUCCAGAGAUAAAGAAAAUUUCCCAGUCCAAUUUGCAGAAAUCCAGUACUUUUGGGAGUUUUCUUUCAAUAUAUACACUAACACAUCUAUAUACACACAAACACUUCGGCCACAGAAUGGAUCAACAGGCGUGCAAUAAGGAAGGCAAAGCAAUGCCAAAGCUGGGCGAUAUGGGGAAGUGCUUUACAAACAGGGUCAGGGCAUUCUAAAAGCACAAGUUUCAGUUUUGUUUUGUUUUAUUUUUGGCAAUUUAAAUCAAUUUACCAUCUUACAGCAGAACGAGCACAUAAGGAAUGAAUGAGAUGUAGGAUUUCUGGCAGCCUGUGUGCAGAAGUGCAUCUGCUCGUCUCUGUCCCGAGAUGUUCGACAGCAGCACAAGCUGAGGCUGUGUCAGCAUUUUCAACCAUAGACCCCUGUUUUCUGGGGUUUCCAACCUGGCUGUCAGUAAAUUGCUGGGGGAGAAAUUUAAAGGACACAGUUUCAGUCCCAAAGCAAUUUUUUAAUUCAGAUUUCGUUUUUAAGAAUAGAGAUCUGUUAUUUUUAUGUUACACAAAUAUAUUUAAGGAGAAAAAUAUGCCUAAGUUGUUAAUGUGUAAUGCAGAGUUGGCUUUCUUGGCAAAUGUAGUGUGUUUGGGAAGAUUUGUUGGUAAUCAUUGCUUUUUGCAGUUUCAAGAGUUGUUCCAACUUCACUUUCCAUACAUGUGUACAGGCAAUCUCUCUUGCCCUCAGAGUCUGCUCUGGCUAUUAUCACAAGAAGUAACAUCCUCUUUGGUGGGGAGUUACUCAUGGUAGCAACCAGUACACAUUCUCAGGUGUGAGAUCCCAAUUUUAACCUUGGAGUAAUAAAGGUUCUCGAUUCUGCACAUAUUUGGGCAGGCAUUCACAGUGAAGGACAUCAGUGGACCUACCCCAAUGCUAAUUUUAAGCAGGAGCCUCGGGUCUUCGCAGGAUUCAAGAUCUGCUUUUUAGCAGUGACUGAUUGCAGAAUUUUAUUAUGUAUUUUUAAUAUGCAGAGUAUUAAUCUAAAAGGUUUUAAUAAGAGUUGUCCUCGUGGAUCAGGUGCAUAGUAGUAAAAACACAUUUAGUAAGUAAAUAUUUAUCAGAUUAAAAAUGUAACCCAAAGGUUCUGGUGGACAAGUUUCACUUAAAAAUGUGUAAUUUAUGCCGUUACUUCUAGCCAAUAUCCAUCUUUUAUCUUUCCAUAAGAGUCCUGUUCUUUCCUUGACAAAUCCAAAUGCAAAAUAAACAACUUAACCUGCUCAGAGUCUAUGUGAAUUACACUCUAAAGCUAAGACAAGCAGCCCAGCACUACUCACAGGUUCCUCAUGGCACGCAGCAAUGCCUUUUUACAGUUGGGACACAUUGGGAUACCACAGGAGUACAAGGACAAGACAGGGCCAUUUUAAAUCACCAACUGGAGUUCAUGAGGCAUGUGCCAAAACACACUGAAGUUAAAUGGCUUGGGGACAGGUUUGCUCGUGUCUUUGGAAGUGAAUGGAUCACACUGAUGGUAGCAAUUUUCUAUGGAAGGCACCCAGAUCGCAGAGCAGCAUAUACAUACCAGAGGGAAAAUCUUACCAUAUAUAUAUUUAUGCAUACACCUGUAUGCCUAAAUACAUACGACGCACCUGUGGUAUAUAUCUCUCUGUAUAUAUAUUACAUACAAUAUGUAUAUUCAGAGUAUGUUACAUAUAUUUGCUUAUAAAUACAUAUAGAAUUACAUACGGUAUGUAAUGUAUGAUACAUACACAUUAUAACUUCUUGUGUGUAUGUGUUCAAAGAAAGAGGUAACUGGAAGCUUUUGAAGGACUUCUAAAACGUGGGAAAAGUUUUGGAAUAAGACAAGUCUUAUGUGGAAAUCUUAAAUGAUCAUGUAUGUGACUUUCCAUUGCAUUUAUGUAAUUCUGCAAUUCUCUGUUCAAUCAUUAAAUAUCUUGCAAAACAGCAAAAUAGCUAGAUGGUUGUUCAUAUUUUCAUAAUGCUGACAAUAUAUUACAUGAAAGAUCACGAUAAUGAGUGAUAUACAGAAAUGGUGAAUUUUGAUAUAAGUAUAUAUAAAACGAAGUGUAUAUACAAUACAGACAUCUACUUCAAAUUCUUUGGGAUUUUUGCAUCAGGGGAUUGCUGAAAAAUAUGUCCAGUCAGACUAAGUUUUUAUGGUAUUGCUGAUGGAAAAUAAAGUUAAUUUGUUAGUAUUUAUAAUAAAGGGGAAAAUGAAGCUCAUGAUUUGAAACAGGUGAACACUGUUUAACUAAAGCCCUGUGAUGAUGUUUUAUAAUACGAGGAAAAUAAAGAGCUGUUGUAAACUG